UAUUAUUUAUAAAUUUAUUAGUUAUUGUAAAAUCACAAACUCACAAAGGAUGCUUUAGUAUUGUUGAAUUUGAUGGCGACAAAAACUUAACUACACCACAAAUUUUUAUAAAUGUUAAAAAUAUUUCUAAAUAUGGAGGUGUUAAUCUUCGAGUUUCAAUAUCCAUUCCACCAUAUGUAUCAAUAAAAAAUUAUGAAGAUGCUAUAAGCGUAGUUAAUCAAACUGAAAAUCAACUUGAAUCAUCCAACAAUUCAAUGUCUAUAAAAUGGAAAUUUAUAUUUCCCGAAGACAUACGUACAGAACUGUUAGAAAUUGCUGUAAAUGAAGAAGUUUAUGAAUGUAGAGAUACAGAAGAUUACCCGAGAAUUCUUAAUUAUCAAUAUUACUUACCACUUGAAAAAAAUCCACGAGACACAGUGGUUAAUGAAGUUUGUAGUAAACCAAAAGAUAUUGGAAAUAUAAAAAAUUUCAGCACCACAUCAGAUCCAAGCCAGUGGCCUUGGUUGGCAUUAAUAUUUUCAAGAACAAAUGAUACAAGAACACAUGUUUGUUCAGGUAGUUUUAUCACAAAUCGUCAUGUAUUAACAACUGCUAGUUGUGUUUUAUCAAAUAAUGGCCUUGAAAUUGGCUAUAAAAUAACUGAACUUGUUGAAACAGAUUAUGAUAAUACUACUGCAGUUUAUUAUAAACUAAAAAAUUUAAGAAUUCAUCCUCAUUAUGGAAGCAAUUUAGAAGCUAAUAUUGCUAUUUUAGAAAUAACUGAUGACGAUAUUGAGACAAGAAAUAUUGACCAAGUGUGUAUUUGGUCAUUGCCUGAAGCUGGUGAACUUUAUAUGACUGACUGGAAUGAAGAAAAACAAUUUCAACAAUUAAAAUUUGUUAUUAAUAAAACGGUUGAUUGUUUAGAUAUGUAUCCAAAUGUUCUGGCAAAUGACAACAGUCCAUUUCUAAGUGAAGAUGAUAUAUUUUGUGCUACUGUAAUUGAUAAAAAUACAAGUUAUUAUAAUUAUUUUUCAAAAGAAGGAAAUGGUUUAGUUGCUUAUGAUUCAGAUAAUGAUGAAUAUUAUCUUCGAGGUAUGCUCACCUCAUUUUUUGAUGUUUAUUCUGCUGAUGGAUUUUUCAUUAAUCUUGAAGAAUAUUAUACAUGGAUUAAACAUGCCACUGAAACAAUGUAUUGA